AUGUCGAUGGAUGCAACCGGUGGUUACCAAUGCUACAACCCCGUCCUCGGCACUGUGGUGACACGCACACCGGCGAUGCUACAACGGCAAGACGAAGUGCUACUACCGGCAAGUUUUUUUUGCUGGAUCCGGCUUCGUUUUUUGCUGGAAUCGACUAAUUUUUUUUGCUUCAACAGAUUACUGGACUUUUUGUUGCUUAAAUUUGUUUUGCUGAAAUCGAUGUUAAUUUUUGCUGUAACUGGCUUCGUUUUUUGCUGGAAUCGGCUAAUUUUUUGCUUCAACGUAUUACUUGAUUUUUUUGGUGCUGAAUUUUGUUUCCUGGAACCGAUGUUAAUUUUUUUGCUGGAACCGGCUUCGUUUUUGCUUCAACCAUGUAUUGGAGUUUUUGGCUAG